AUGCCCAUCACGCACAUUGUCCUCUUCCAGUUCAAGGCAGAAGUAUCUACCGAGCGCAUUGAAGACGUCUGCUCGCGCAUGAUCGGACUGAAGAACAGCUGCAUCCACCCGACGACACAGCGCCCGUAUAUCCUUGCUUCAUCCGGCGGCGUCGAUAACUCGCCCGAGGGGCUUCAGAGCGGAAUAACGCACGCUUUUGUGGUGGAGUUUGCGAGCGCUCAGGAUCGAGACUACUAUGUUGAGAAAGAUCCUGCACACCGAAAGUUUGUGCGCAGUCUGGAUGGGCUUUUAGAAAAGUCGCAGGUCAUCGAUUAUAGUAAUGGGUCUUUCUAA